AUGUUCAAGUUACUCGGUCUGACGCUGCUCAUGGCGGUGGUGGUCCUUGGGCGACCGGAGCCACCAGUCAACUCGUAUUUACCCCCAUCCGACAGCUAUGGAGCCCCGGGUCAGAGUGGUCCGGGUGGCCGGCCCUCGGACUCCUAUGGAGCUCCGGGUGGCGGCAAUGGCAACGGUGGACGCCCCUCGGACAGCUACGGAGCUCCUGGCCAGGGUCAGGGUCAGGGACAAGGACAGGGGCAAGGUGGCUUCGGCGGCAAGCCUUCGGAUUCGUAUGGCGCUCCUGGUGGCGGCAACGGCAAUGGCAACGGCGGAGGUCGUCCAUCGAGUAGUUACGGAGCUCCUGGUCAGGGCCAAGGUGGAUUUGGAGGACGCCCCUCGGACUCUUAUGGUGCUCCCGGUGGCGGAAACGGAAAUGGCAACGGAGGUCGCCCCUCGGGCAGCUAUGGAGCUCCUGGCCAAGGACAAGGCAACGGAAACGGAAACGGCGGUCGUCCUUCGAGCAGCUAUGGUGCUCCUGGUGGCGGAAGUGGUGGUCGUCCCUCGGACACCUAUGGUGCUCCUGGUGGCGGCAACGGUGGCGGUCGUCCUUCGAACAGCUACGGAGCUCCUGGUCAGAGACAAGGUGGAAUUGGCGGACGUCCUUCGGACUCUUAUGGUGCUCCUGGUCAGGGCCAAAAGCCCUCGGACUCCUAUGGAGCCCCAGGUAACGGCAACGGCAACGGCAGCGGUGGGCGUCCUUCGAGCAGCUAUGGAGCGCCGGGAUCAGGACCUGGCGGCCGUCCCUCCGACUCCUACGGACCCCCGGCCUCUGGAUCUGGAGCUGGCGGUGCUGGAGGCAGUGGACCCGGCGGCGCUGACUACGAAAACGACGAGCCCGCCAAGUACGAAUUUAAUUACCAGGUUGAGGACGCGCCCAGCGGACUCUCGUUCGGGCACUCAGAGAUGCGCGACGGUGACUUCACCACCGGCCAGUACAAUGUCCUGUUGCCCGACGGAAGGAAGCAAAUCGUGGAGUACGAGGCCGACCAGCAGGGCUACAGGCCGCAGAUCCGCUACGAGGGUGAUGCCAACGAUGGCGGUGGUGCCAAUGGUCCCAGCGGCUCUGGCGGCCAGAAUCUCGGACCCGACGGCUACUCCAACGGACGUCCUGGCAAUGGCAAUGGCAACGGCAAUGGCGGUUACUCUGGAGGACGACCAGGCGGCCAGGACUUGGGACCUGGUGGCUACUCUGGAGGACGACCAGGCGGUCAGGACUUGGGACCUGGUGGCUACUCCGGUGGUCGUCCCGGUGGCCAGGAUUUGGGCGCAGGUGGUUACUCCGGUGGUCGUCCCGGUGGCCAGGACUUGGGUCGCGAUGGUUACUCAGGCGGAAGACCAGGAGGUCAGGAUCUAGGAGCAGGUGGCUACUCCAAUGGCAGGCCAGGCGGCAAUGGAAACGGAGGCAAUGGCAACGGUAAUGGUGGCUCCGAUGGCGGUCGUGUCAUCAUCGGUGGACGUGUGAUUGGCGGUCAGGAUGGCGGUGAUCAGAGCUACUCCGGUGGACGUCCCGGCGGCCAGGAUCUGGGCCGUGAUGGGUACUCCAGUGGUCGUCCAGGCGGCCGUCCGGGCGCCAAUGGCCAGGACAACCAAGAUGGCCAGGGAUACUCGAGCGGCAAGCCGGGCCAGGGUGGCCGGAAUGGCUUUGGACCCGGUGGCCAGAACGGCGACAACGAUGGCAGCGGUUAUCGGUACUAGAAACGACUCCCAGACACAUUAAGCUAGAUCCCUCGAACUUAUAGCAGUACCUAGUUGUAAGUCCUUCUAGAACCAUGUCCACGAUCUGUCCCCCCUCCCCUCGACAUCUCUUCGUGCCCAUUCUUCUCUCCUUCCCGCUGCCCUCUGUCCAUUACUACUCCUCACAUCCACACAUCCUCGUAGCCGUAAGACCCUGUUGUUGUAAAUGCAAGUGCGAAAAAUAACCCAAAAAAAGAA